AUUGACAACAAAACUAUGAUCCACCACAACGCUACCAAAGGAACCCAAGCUAUGAAAAUAUUAUCAUCUCUUGGUGCAAAUGCAACUGGGUUUGAUAAAUUUCUUUCUUUUAAAUUUUACAAAUGCUUCAUUAGACCUAUUUUCGAAUAUGGUCUCCCACUACUCACCCCUACCAAACAGGUAUUUAAAACUUUAGAAACAGCACAAGACAAUGCAUGCCGUCUAAUAGUCAAUGGUCAUCGUACCUCUUCAACGCAUGUCAUUAAACACAUGAACAAAAUUCCCGAUAUGGCGGAUCGUAUGGUUAUUUUAUGUGCAAAAAACAUUAGGCGCACCCAUCUUCUCCCUCACGAAUCACUACUCUCCCUAUUUAUCGAACAACUCCUGCAUGCCCAAACCUAUUAUUGGAAAAAGCUGCAGCGA